AAAUGUUUUCUUCGACAACAAUUUUAUAGAUAACAACUGAUAAGCAUGUGAUUGUUGGCCGAUAAACUGCGGUUCUUUGCGACGUGACAUCGAUGAGGAAACCCAUCAAGGAAACAUUGGAAAUUUUUUCCGAAAACAAAUUUGAAGCCCUCAAAUUUUAUACUCUUUUUUUCAGAUUUGAUAUCUCUGUUAUGGAAUGGAGUAACCAGACUUUAUUGAGGAAGUUGUGAUGCCAAGCUUUUUGGGUGUUCAUAAGUUGCUCGAUGUUUUGUCUAAAUGAAGAAUUGUAUGAAUUAUGAUCUCUGAGGAGGAUACUGGAGCUCCAAUUGAUGGAGGAAUCAUUGGUCUCCUAGGAGAAUAUUCAUACAUUGACCUCCCAGGAACAUGAUGGAUUAAUUUUGCUCAGGAAUAGAGCUUCAACACGGUGAAACGGCUAUACCGUGUUUGGUUGUGUGGAAGAAUGGAGAAAAGGAAAAGAAGAAAAGGGAUGAGAUGAAUUACUCAAAUAUUUUGUGGUAAAUGGGAAGCUUGGGAAAGGAAAGAAAGACAUGUUUUCUUUCUUGUAGCUAUUCCCACAUAAAUUAGUCCAUCCAAUUUGGAAUGAUUGGUGGGAGGGAUAUUUGUUGUUUUGUUUAUUUCAAUAUUUCCAGUCUUUGGCUGCUAAAUUAUAUACCUUAAAUAAAGAGAAGUAGUGGGGAAAAUGUAGCUUCAGCACGAGCUAUUCCAAAAAGCUAUAGUAUCUGAAAAACCUGAUAAUUCUUUGAACAUGUCUUAUGGAUUUGUGAACUUCCACGUAGGUCCACUAAAUUUUGAUUUUGAUGCUUUCAAUGGAAGUUUGCCAUCACUUAUACAGAAUGAAUACUCAUGGACAAAGGUGCUAAUCCCGUUUUACUUCUAUCUUUCCAUUUUCUUCAUCAAUCUUUGUUUACAUACUGUGCUGGCAACUCCCCAGGUUGCCAAUAUUAUAUUUCUGGAUGCACCAGUUGGCACUGGAUUCUCCUACUCAAAAAGCCAAGAAGGUUAUUAUACCUCUGACACACUAUCAUCCAAGGCAAUUUAUGAGUUUCUUAGAAAGUGGAUAACAAAUCAUCGCAAAUUCAUCAAUAAUCCACUUUACAUUGCUGGUGACUCUUAUUCUGGCAUGAUUGUUCCCAUUGUUACUGUAGAAGUAGCAGAAGGAAACAGGGCUAGACACAAGCCAUACUUGAAUCUCCAGGGAUACAUUGUUGGUAAUCCAGUAACAGAUUUGCAUAAUGAUGAGAAUUCCAGAGUUGAAUAUUUCUACAGGGUGGGACUUAUAUCCACUGAGCUAUUUAAGGCGGCCAAAACCUAUUGUGUUGGAGAAUAUAUCUCACCAAACAUUAGCAAUGCUGAAUGUAUGGAUACUAUUCAACAUAUUGCAGAGUGCACUUUAAAAGUAUGCGAUGCCCAAAUUUUGGAACCAAAGUGCAGCUUUGCAUCACCAAAACCAAUGGGCUUAAAAUGGGGACACAAAUUUUUUGAUGACACUCUCAUAGACAUUGCUCUCUCUUCGCGGCAAGGCCCUGAAAAUUGGUGCCGAAAUUCAAAUUAUGUGCUCUCUUACAUCUGGGCAAAUGAUGAAGAUGUGCAGCAUGCUCUUCACAUUCAAAACGGUACCAUAACAGACUGGAUGAGGUGUAACAAAAGCCUAGCUUAUGAUUAUGACAUAUUGAGUACUGUCUUUUACCAUAAAGAACUCAUCAUGGCCGGCUAUCGAGCUCUGGUAUACAGUGGUGACCAUGACAUGCUAAUUCCUUACACUGGUACAAUUACAUGGAUCAACACGCUCAAUUUAACCAUUGCUGAUAAUUGGAGACCUUGGUUUGUUGAGGGUCAAAUUGCAGGAUUCACAGUCAAAUAUGCUCACUCUAUUGGAGAUGGUUUGGUCUUUAACACUGUAAAGGGAGGGGGGCAUACAGCUCCAGAGUACAAGCCUAAGGAAUGUCUUGCAAUGGUUGAUAGGUGGUUAUCUUAUUAUCUGAUGUGAGAAACGGUCGGACUUGUGAAAGCUUAUUUUAGUAUGAAGCUCUUGUUAAUUUUAGACAAAAUUUAUAUAUCUAUAUAAAUAUAAUUAGGGCUGUGCAAUCGGUCGG